GAACCAUUCACUACAUUUCACCGAUCAAUCCGAAUCACACAAAUCUCUGCAAGCGAUUGCUCGCCCGAACACAAUGUUCAACAAAUCAUCUAUGUUGUUUGUCGUGAUGCUGCUUCUAGCAGCAACAGUGCACACAGCAAAAUCUGUGGCUCCCCCGGAAGAACCCAUCAUCGAAUUAUAUAUGCACGACAUUCUAGGAGGGAGUAGUCCCACAGCCCGGCCUAUCACUGGUCUUCUCGGGAACAUCUAUAGCGGGCAAGUUCCCUUUGCUAGGCCACUUGGGUUUAUUCCUCCUAAAAAUGGGGUGGCUAUCCCUAACAGUGAUGGGUCUGUUCCGACUCUCAACCUAAACGGCGUACCCUUAGGAACAGGGCUGGCCGGAACAUCCUUUGCCGGAAACAACAAUAACAACAACAACCAGAACCUUAACACAGCACAGCUUUUGCCUGAUGGUUUAAGCCUAGGAUUCGGGACUAUCACUGUUAUCGAUGAUAUUCUGACAACUUCUCCUGAUUUGGGGUCACAGACAGUCGGUAAGGCGCAGGGUGUUUACGUUUCAAGUUCAGCUGUAGGCUCCACACAGAUGAUGGCAUUCACUGCUAUGCUCGAGGGAGGGGAGUACGGGGACAGCAUCAAUUUCUAUGGUAUUUACAAGAUUGGAAGUACGAUGUCUAGGCUAUCGGUGACUGGUGGGACUGGAAAGUUCAAGAAUGCUUGCGGGUUUGCUGAGCUUCGGCCCUUGGUACCAACUGGACAGCAUAUUACAGACGGGGCAGAGGCAUUGCUAAGGAUUAUUGUCCAUCUCAAAUACUGAGAAAAACAGGAGGUACUGAAAAUCAGUGUGUGAUAUAUUUGUGUUUGGAUAUGUAUGUUCUUGUCUAUAGUUUACUUUACGGUAAGAACGAGUUGAUGAAAUUGUGUAUUUAUAUUUUGUUGUAUGAUUUAUGAAUGUCAUAUAAUACAUCUUUCCCACAUGUUUUUAUA